CCACAGCUCUCCCUACAGGGUCUGCCAUGGCUCACCAGAUGACAGCACAGUUGCUGCUCCUGCUGAUCUGGGUGACCGCGUGUGCCCGGGCCAGAACUGAACUGCUCAAUGUUUGCAUGGAUGCCAAGCACCACAAAGAGAAACCAGGCCCCGAGGACAAUUUACACAACCAGUGCAGUCCCUGGAAGAAGAAUUCCUGCUGCACCGCCAACACAAGCCGGGAAGCUCACGAGGACAUUUCCUACCUGUACCGAUUCAAUUGGGACCACUGUGGAAAGAUGCCAUCGAAAUGCAAACGACACUUUAUCCAAGACACCUGCCUCUAUGAGUGUUCUCCUAACUUGGGACCAUGGACCCAGCAGGUGGACCAGAGCUGGCGCAAAGAGCGAAUCCUUGAUGUCCCCCUGUGCAGAGAGGACUGUCAGCAAUGGUGGGAGGACUGCCGCACCUCUCUCACCUGCAAGAGCAACUGGCACAAGGGGUGGAACUGGACCUCGGGGUAUAACCAGUGCCCCGUGGGGGCGUCCUGCCAGCCCUUCACCUUCUAUUUCCCUACACCUGCUACUCUGUGUGAGGAAAUCUGGAGCCACUCCUACAAACUCAGCAACUACAGCCGAGGGAGCGGCCGCUGCAUCCAGAUGUGGUUCGACCCAGCCCAAGGCAACCCUAACGAGGAGGUAGCGAGGUUCUAUGCUGAGGCUAUGAGUGGAGCUGAGCUUCACAGGGCCUGGCCACUAGUGUGCAGCCUGUCCUUAAUGCUGCUCUGGGUGUUCAGCUGAGUCCAUUCCUCUUCUGAUGCCUGGGGAGCUCCCUGCCUGGCUUAGCCGCUUACCUCCUAGCCUCCUUUGUGGUGGGACCUCUG